AUGCUAUCAAACAAACUGGAGGUGACACUUAUACAGGUGCCGCUUUAAAUUUUAUGAGCCCGUAUUUUGAGGAGGCUGAAAAGAGUCGUGGUGAUAAGGUACCCAGGUACCUCAUUGUAAUAACAGAUGGGGAGUCACAGGACAAUGAAGUUGUGAAAAGGGCAGCAGAGAGAUUACGCCAACAGGGCAUCACCAUUUAUGCCAUUGGGGUGAAGGAUGCCAAUAACGACGAGCUGCUGGACAUUUGCGGUGAUCCGAAGAGGAGGUUCUUCGUCAAUAACUUUCAUGCACUUAGACCAGUCAAGGAUGAUAUUGUGACAGACAUAUUCUCUCAAACAGCAUGCAAGGAAAUGCUGGCUGAUGUCAUAUUUCUGGUGGACAGUUCUGGAAGCAUUCACCCUGCAGACUUCCUCAAGAUGAAGGCUUUCAUCAACAACACAAUUACGCGGUCGGUCAUUGGGCCAGACUCUGUGCGCAUGGGGUUGCUGCAGUUCAGCACCGUCCAGAAGGAGGAGUUUUCUCUUGACAGCCCCCAAACCCAAACUGACCUUGUGCAGAAAGUGAACUCCAUGCAGCAACUGGGUGGGAGAACUCUGACUGGUCAAGCUCUCAGCUUUACCUCCCAGUACUUUGACACCUCAAGGGGCGGGUGCCUCAAUGUCCCAAAGAUCCUGAUCGUCAUCACAGAUGGUGAAGCCCAAGAUGCCGUUAAGUUGCCUGCGCAGGCUCUGAGGGACAAAAAUAUUGUCAUCUACUCCAUUAGUGUGGACGGCGCCAAUAUAACCCAGCUGAAUGAAAUCAGUGGCAUCACAGACAGGGUGUAUACAGAGAGAGACUUUGAUGGCCUCCAGGUUUUGGAGGAUAAGAUCUUCUAUAAGAUCUGUCAUCCUGACACUAGUAAGUGGUUGCAGUCCCCAGUGAGAUGACCAAUGCUUGAAUUUUUUUUUUUCAAAAAAGAAAGAGCACCUGAACAUUUCUCUAUUCUCUAU